UGUGUGCGAAAACAACCAAACACACAGCAAGAAAAGGAAAAUUAAUCGACACACUGCUUUCUUGCCCAACAACAACGCAGCAUAAGUGCGAGUCAACCGAAACAACCAGCAUCGUGCGACGCAUCCGCUUAAUGCUGUUGCCGCUGCUGCUUGUUCCGUUUCGGAGUUCGGUGGUGUCGUUCCCGGUCGCGAUAGUUCGUUCCCGUCUGGCUGUCCGUGUUCCAUCGGUUACGCCAUUCGCGCUGCCCUGCGUUCAGCCGUAAUUCAAGUGGUUGAAAACUGCAACCCUGCGCCAAGAGGAUCGUGUUGCUAAGUUACCGUCUGGACAACCUGUGCCCGAUCGGAUUCGGCAAUGACUCCCGGACCAACAACCAAAAUGGAUCGUUCGAUGGUGACGGGUGGUGGCGGUGGUGGAUCGAGCGGUACCGAGCAGCGCAAGCGCUGCGGGGAAACGAUCCACUCUGGCCAGUUUAUGGUGUCACACUUCGAAACGGAAGGUGCUGAGGAUGACGACGACGAUCUCGGUAUGCAGAUGGAGGAAGUCAAACCGGCGGAUCUCAUUGCAACCGACAGUGCCGGCGUAAUACUGCCGGUGUCUGCAUCGGGUGCCUUGUCGGAUGUGGCCGCUUCCACCUCUUCCGGUGCGCUGGUGCCGCUCGGUGCCAGCAUUGGAUCGACGGAGAACCAGAACCAGCUUGCCCGAUACGUGCCAAGGCCCUUCGGCAACCGUACCACGGUAUCGCAGGUCGAGAUCGAUACGGACCUUUCGACGGUGUUCAAUACGCUCAACGUAACGUACACGCAAAAGCUGACGUCGCCCAAAUGGAACCCUUUCAAAGGGAUCCGUUUACGGUGGAAGGAGAAGAUCCGUCUGAACAAUGUUAUCUGGCGCUGCUGGCACAUGCAAUUUAUCAUGAAGCGGAAAACUCUAGUCUGUCAGUUUGCUUCCCCACUAGACGUAGACGUUCACAGUACUCCACAGGCCAUUUUGUUGGAAGGAAAGUACUGGAAGAGAAAAUGCAACGUAAUCAAGGCGGAGUACAAGAAAUGGCGACGGUUUAACGUAAACAGAGCAUUAGGUGCAACAAACAUUGUCGAUACGAAUAGCGAAUUAGACUUUUUGGAGUGGUCUCCGAUCAGUAAUGAUAUAUUUAUGAUCACCGAUAAUAUGCCCACGGAUACGCUGUUCUCUACACUAGCCCAGUAUCCGUUUCCCGACUCUAGAGAGAUAGCUCGUGGUGCGGGUCGGGCCGACUUCAUUCAGCCCAGCUUGGGCCCGCUACAGCCCAACCUAGAUGAUUUGAUGGAUUUGGACCUAGACUUCCUGAACUUCUCGCGACUUGCCCCAGUACCGGAGGAAGCAUCGGAUGAUCUGCUGAAAGCGAUCGACUACAACUAUCCACUCGGAUCCAACCAAUUAACCAGCACAGGUAGUAGCAUACAGGAAGCGCCGGAGACACUGGCAGUCUCCGGCAGCAAUCAGCAAACGAACCAGGCUCACCAAGCGAGCAGCUGCAUCCAGCAGCACCCACCACCGCCUGGCAUUCAAUACUCGGCUAAGCUCUACGGCCAAACGUUGCAACCGUCGGGUGGUGGCGGUGGAUCAUCCUCGUCCACGGUACAGUCCUCCAUUGCUCAGCAGCUUAGCAACGCAAUCGAUUCGUACCUAUCCGAUCAGCUUAUUGGUGGUGCGAGUGUCAGUAGCAACAGCCAGGGUUCUGCGUCCCUUGCCUCAACGCUCGGGUUAGGUCAGGUGGCAUCAGCUCAACCGCAUCAGCAGCAUUCAUCGCUAGCUAGCGGCAGCGGCGGCAGUAGCGACGAUCUGGCGCGCAGUGUUAAAUCGAAGUUUUCCCGCGGGUACGCCAAACACAACUACGACCCCAAAUACCCACCGACGCCCCAUCAAACGAUGGCAUACAACAUGGUUUCGCAACCGCACAUGGGACAAACGGGGACCAACAGUGCGGUCCUUGGGACGCCCGGUCCCUACGGUAGUAACACUUCCAUCGGUUUCCAGAACGUAAUUUCUUCAUCUGCCUCCGCCUCUGCCGCGGCCUCUUCCUCCUCCUCCUCCUCCUCCUCCUCCUCCUCCGCGGGCAUUCUUCAGAUGGGUUCGGGUGGCAUCCCUGCCUCCCUGACGCCCAGCAGUAUGCAGCUACACUACAACCAUUCCGCUUUGCAGAACGCAGCUAGCAAUCCUGUGAACCUCUCCAACAGUCCCGGAGCAUCGGGCGCUGGUGGUAAUGGCAGCGGCACCAUACGGACACCGGCACAAAUGGGCAGCACCGGUGGCGGCGCACAGCAACCGCCGAAUAAUGUGUCCGGUGGCUCGGUAAUGCUUAUGCAAAGCAUGAACUCCAAACUGUUAACACACAGCCAAUCGCUACCGGUUCCGGCAUUACCGCAAGCGAAGCCAGCACCACCGCAACCCCGCUCAACCUCAAUGCCGACCGGGCCGAACUACAGUCAAAUGUUGGCCUCGCAGCACUCACCUCCCGGCAGUCUGCAUGCAUCGCAGUCGGGCAGUAGCUACAAAUCGUACCACGGGCAUCAGCCGCAACCGUACAAGAUACCGUCGCAAACGGUCGGUGCCGGUGGUUCGUAUGCCAGCGGUGUGCGAGCGAUGCGCCAUUCGUCCCCGCCGCACGGUACCCUGCUGCAGCCUACAUCCGGAUCUUCCGGUGGAGCCGCAGCGAUCGGUAUGAGCUCGAGCUCCGGAGCACCCGUUGGAAUAUCGAACGCGCUGGAGCAAUCGCAACAGCAGCUGCAGGAUCUGCAGCUGCAACAGCAACAGCAGCAACAGUCGCUCGUAUCGUCAGCCGGUGCCCUGCAGCAGCAGCAGCAGCAGCAACAGCAGCAAACGCAAGCCAAACGUCAUCCACCACAUCCCACCAAAGAGAUGUUCCGCUCGAACAGUCUUCCGAUCAAUGCAACGUUUCCGCUUCCACCGAAGGAGGCGGAAAACUUUGCCAUGCCUCGGUACCACCAGUCCUCGCAGAAGCCCAAUGCAAAGUUGCGCACGCGCAGCAACUCCAUGAUCAUGAAGCAGCAGACCGGCGUCAUAACGACCCCCGGUGGCGGCAGCAUGGGGAUGGUGUUGGGAUCCGGCGGUGCGGGAAUGUCCGGUGGUGGAGGUAACACGCAGCACAUGUCACCGAGCCUGCACGCUACCUCCAGCGAACCGAUGCUCAACGUUACCAACAGUGCGCUGCUUGCCCAACUACUAACCACUAAUAACGCAAGUACCUUACUGAGCAAACAAUCGCACAGUACAUCAUCAAGUGCCAUAAGUACCUUAACGCAGUCGUCGUCGCAGCAGCAACAGCAUCAGCAACAUCAACACCAACAACAGACGAGUCUGUUCCAGUCGAUGUCGAUGGGGAAUACGAUUUCCCCAUCAUCCUCACAGCUUCAGUUGCAUCAACUGCAACAACAGCAGCAGCAGCAGCAACAGCAGCACCAUCACCACCAAAUGUCCAGUGCAACACCCGGCCCAUCCAGCAGCAGCGCGAUGCGACCCCAAGCGAGCCACAGUUCCGUGCUGAACUUUGCCUCCUCCACCGGCAUGUCGCUAUCGCAGCAGAGUCUUUCGCCCGAUUCGGCCCACGACACGGACGGUCCCAUGUCGCCAACCGGGCUGGGCGGCAGCGGCAGCAACAGUACGACCGGAGCCGGUAGCAAGUUUCCGCGCAGCGACAGCCAGCGCCGUACCGGGCACAUUCACGCGGAACAGAAGCGUCGGUACAACAUCAAGAAUGGGUUCGAUACGCUGCACUCGCUGAUACCGCAGCUGCAGCAGAAUCCGAAUGCAAAGCUAAGCAAAGCGGCCAUGCUGCAGAAGGGUGCCGAUUACAUCAAGCAGCUGCGCUCGGAACGCACGUCCGCUAACGAUCAGAUGGAUGCAUUGCGCCGGGAGAUUGAUCAGUUGAAUAAUUCAUUAAACAAUCUUCACACCGCACUGCCUGCCAGUGGUGCACCCGUGUCCCGCCAGCGAACCGGUCGCGUGAAGGAGCUGUACCAGCACUACGUCCGGCAGCGAACGCUCGAGAACUGGAAAUUCUGGAUCUUCGGGCUGAUCUUCGAACCGUUGCUGAAUUCCUACAACCAGACGGUUUCCGUCGCGAGCAUGGAUGAGAUGUACCGCACUAGCCAGCUGUGGGUCGAUCAGCACUGUUCGCUGGUGGAGCUAAGGCCUGCCGUUUCCAAUCAGCUGCGCCAACUGUCCACGACGACCGAUGUCCUGUCGGAUCCUCCGAGCUCACUGCAGGAGGAGGUACUUAAGGCGAUCUCCAACUCGAGCAGCAACUGUCUCGUACCGCGCGGUUCCGGCAAAGGAAGCAGUCGUGGAGGAAGUAGCACCGAGACGAGCCCCCAUCGAUCAUAAUCCACGUUCCCAUUUCCUUGUUGUUUUGUUUAUUCUGUCCUUGUUUAAAAUAACGAAGAACGAGCGAGCGUUGCAACAUUUUCGAUUACAACACGUGCUAAGGUGUAUCAGCGUAGCAGGAAAUCACCUUCCGUGAUGAAAUGCGCUCAAAUAAGGGAAAAUAUUGGUGUGAAGCUAGGGGGAAAGAAAAUACACCAAACACAAUGUAAAGAAACAGUGCCUUCUGCUGCUACCCAGCCAACCCCCCCAUUUAAAUCAGGUGUUUGCGAUGCAUAACUAAAUGACGUUACCAUAAUCUCAGUGAAGCUAGCUAGCAGAUCGCGGACCGGAACUACCGUCGGGGUUAAACAAGAGAAGAGUCUAAUUUAGUCUAUUCGUUCGUUGUUAUUCGUAUUUUGUCAGUACGAAUUUUGAGUUUUAUUACCCUAAUCAUCCUACAAAGCGUAAGCUUUUCUAUCGUAUCAAUCCUAACUUUUUGCACACACCUCUUACUAGCACCCUUUUCUAUGUUUACGUUAAGCCUGUCGUCAUUAGAUUGUUGUUAAGGAUUUUUGUUAGCUUUCUUUUUCCUACUAUCCCCACUCUGGUUUUACUCUAUGUGUCUUGUUAAGGAGUACUUUGCGCUAAUGCGUUCAGUUUAGCGCCAGCCUGUUUCAUCCACGAACGAGGCGUUAGCGGAAAGCGAACGGUUUGUCUUAGUUGUACGAUGUUAAGCACAGCGUGUAGUGUUAAUCUGUUUUUUUUUUUUACUAGCUUUAGGCAUCGUUAGUAGCUUGUUAGUGAAUUGUUGGAUAUAUCGUGAGCAGAAGGCAGGGAUACCGUUGCUGUUAUCGGUGUAUCGUGUAUUGCCUUAGGAGAGGAGUAGGUGGUGAGCAGGGUGGUGAUGUAUUCUACUGGCUACUGCUACAUGCGACGUAGUUGAUCUUAACUGACGAAAAGCUUUGAUUUGCAUCCGUGGGGUAUGUAUGGCUCAUGCAUGUUUGUUAAACAAAAUCAAAGAGAGAAUACAAAAAGGCUGUUGUGCUUUGCGGUACACAUCACACUCUAGGUAGGGAAAACACACACAAACACCACAUCAAAUCUUACAAUCGUUAAAUGCCCAGGCUCAUGCUCCCAAGUAGGGUAGCAGCGAGUACGAGAAAAGUACAAUUAGGUUCCGAAAUGUGUUAGACAGGGAAAAACAGUGUAUGGUUGAGAUUUUGCUAUCGUUUAAGUGCGAGUAGAAGAUCAAAAGUAAACGCAUUAAAGGGAGAUGGAUGAAUGUGGGGUGUGGAUUGGGGAGUUUCGUUACUAUUGUAGCGAAAAUUCUCAGCUCCACUCCAAAGCAACAAGUUGUCAGCAACUAA